AUGAACAGCCGGUUGCUUUUCCAAUCUGCGAAGCAGGUUUCAAAGGAAAUUAUUAGAGGAAAAGCUCAUUUCACAUUUCAACCAUCAAAUGGACUCCCAGCUGGAUUGGAAAAUGGUGAGAUUAUUUGAUUUUUGAAGUGGCUGAAAUUUCAGCAAAAAAUCUAAACUCUCAUAGGAAAUUUUGCUGACAAUUGAGAAAAAAAAUCUGAAAAAUUGGAAAUGUUAUCCUUGAAUGAAGAAAAGCUGGAAUUUUCUCAAAUUUCCAACAAAAUUCUGAUAAUUGUUUGGUCCAAAAAUAUAAAAUCUGGAAAUCAGGUUUCACUAGCUGAAAAUAAACAAUUCAAAGGGUUUUUUUAAAUUAAAAAUUAAACUUAUUUGAUACUUCGAAAAUCCCCGGAAUUAUACGUUCCAGAUAUCUAAUAUAUAUUAUUCCUAAGAAAAUUGAUUGAUUUUGUUGUGAUUUUUCAGCUUGUCUUCUUUUGUCUUCUCUAAAAAUCAGAUAUUUUUGUCGAAAUUUAAAGAUUUCUAUUUUCAACCCAUCAAAACCAUUAUUUUUCCAGUCGGGACCACAAAAAUGAACCUUAUGCAAUCGGUAAACGAAGCAAUGAAAAUCGCAAUGGAAACCGAUGAUUCAGCAGUUCUUUUUGGUGAAGAUGUCGCAUUUGGAGGUGUUUUUCGAUGCAGUCUUGAUCUUCAAAAUAAAUUCGGAAAAGAUCGCGUCUUCAACACUCCAUUGUGUGAACAAGGUAUCGCUGGCUUCGGAAUCGGAUUAGCUGCCGCUGGAGCAACUGCGAUUGCUGAAAUCCAAUUCGGUGAUUAUAUCUUCCCGGCUUAUGAUCAAUUGGUUAACGAGGCUGCCAAAUUCAGAUAUCGAAGUGGUAAUCAAUUCAAUUGCGGAAAAUUGACAGUUAGAACAACUUGGGGAGCUGUUGGACAUGGUGCACUUUAUCAUUCACAAAGUCCUGAAGCCAAUUUUACACACACUCCUGGAUUAAAAAUUGUUGUUCCACGUGGACCGAUUCAAGCGAAAGGAUUGCUUUUGGCGUGUAUUAGAGAUCCAAAUCCAUGCAUUUUCUUUGAGCCAAAGGUGGGCUUUUUUAUUUUGUCAAAAAUUUAACGGAAAAAUAUAAAAACCAGGUCAGAAGCCUUGAAAAAUGCAUUUUUAAACUCAAAAAAUCUACUGUUUCAAAAUUAUCAUAUACAUUUUUAGACUAUUUUUGUAUUUGCUGGCAUCCAUUUGAUCCACAAUUAUCUUUUUUAUAACACCCAAAACUUCCCUCGAAAAAUCUACUGUUUCAAAAUACUCGUAUAAUUUUCUGAAAAUUGGGUAAUUUCGAUUCUCAGAACAUUUGUAACUAACAAAUUUUUCAUAUCUUUCAAAAAAUUCACUGUUUCAAAAUAUCCAUAUCAAUGCAUUAAUUUACAAUAUUUCAAUACAUUAAUUACAGAACAGGGUCUCGAAAAUAAAAAUAAAUAUAUUUUUCUGAACAAAAGAUUAAUCGAUAAUAUGGUUUUAUUUAAACAGUAGGCUUUUUUCUCGAAAGCGAAAGUUUUUUUUUGUUUUCAUGAAGUUUUGAUUUUACCAAUCAAAAAACCAAUUUUUGGCGUUUCAGAUGAAAUUGGGAUAUCCCCAUUGUAUUUUUCACAUUUUUUUUGGAGCAUCGGUUACGGGUUGAAGAUUCCAAGUUCUUCAUCCCGAAAUCGCGAUGCUCAAACCGUAAAAAUUGUCAGAAAUUUAUAUGCAAAUUUUGAAACAGUAGAUUUUUUUCUUGAAUAUAAAAAUGUGUUCUUACAAGGUUAGAUUUAUUGCAAACAAUUUUUAACAACAAAUAAAAUAAUAUUUUAUUCUCAAAAAAUCUACUGUUUCAAAAUUACCAUUUGAAUUUCCGACUAUAUUCGCAAAUUGAGCAUCGCGAUUACGUGAUGAAAAAUUGAUUUUUCAACGCGUAGCCGAUGCUCCCAAAAAAUAUGAACUGAAAUUGUGUUUUUUUUUAAUUCCAAAAAAUGUGCUGUUUCAAAAUUUCCAUGUAAAUUUGUGAAUAUGUUUCAGAUAUUACUAUUUCGGUUUUACCACCCUUUUGUUGAAAUUUUUUAAAGAUGAAUCAAAAUUAAUUAUAAAUUUAAAUUUAAAAAAAAGUUAUUCACCAAAAAUCCCAAACAGCAUAAAAAAUUUUUUUUUUUGGGUUUUUUCGUCUAGAAAAAAAUCUACUGUUUCAAAAUUUUCAUAUAGAUUUUCGAAAAUUUUCGCAAUUUGAGCAUCGCGAUUUCGGGAUGAAAAAUAAUUUUUCAACCCGUAACCGAUGCUCCAAAAAAUUAUGAGACAAUUGGUGAAAAUCACGUUAGUUUUUAGUUUUAUCAGAAAAAUAUUUAUUGUGACAAAAAAUCUACUGUUUCAAAAAUUUAUUAUAAUUUUUUGAUUUUUUUUGCUCCCAAUGAACUCGCAACAUACAGUUUCAGUUUCUCCCGGUCAGGGUCUCAAAAUUAGCCACCCCCGGAAUGUGAAAAUAAAAAAAUUAGCCAGACCCCCUCAAACAAAAAGAGAAAAACACUUGGUUUUUGGGGUGUAAAUUUUUAUUUUUUCAACAAGUUAGCCGGUCCCCACCCUUUUUUUUCAAAGUUAGCCAGACCCCUCCGGACGAAAAUCCGAGGAUACUGAUGUAUGACUCGCAAUGAGUGUGAACCAACAUUUGAUUUUUCAUAAAAAUCUACUGUUUCAUAUUUUGUAUAUUAAUUUUUGAAUGUUUUCAAUUCAAUAAGCUUCCAAUUCCCAACUGCGACAAAAACUUAAAAUUUUUUUCCAGAUUCUUUAUCGUUUGGCAGCCGAAGAUGUUCCAAAUGGUGAUUAUGUUCUUCCAAUUGGAAAAGCGGAAACAAUUAAAAGUGGAAAAGAUGUGACAUUGGUCGCAUGGGGAACUCAAGUACACGUCGCUUUAGAAGCUGCCCAAUUAGCUAAAGAAAAAUUGAAUGUUGAUGUUGAGGUUAUCGAUUUGCAAACUAUCCAACCAUGGGAUGAAGAUCAUAUUGUUGAGGUGAGAGUUUGAUGGAAUUGGGUUGAAAAAAAAAUUUUUUUUAAUAUCAUUUCUAAUACAUUUUUGGCCGUGGAAGUUUCAACACAAUUUGUUUCCGAAAAUAAAAUUUAAAAAAAAAUUAUGAGUAUUUUUUGAAACAGUAAAUUUUCUUAAUAAUUUUCAUCAUUUUUUUCAAUUCUUUAUAUUUUUUGCAGAGUGUCCAAAAAACCGGUCGACUUAUCGUAACUCACGAAGCUCCAAUCUCGUCUGGAUUCGGCGCCGAAAUCGCAUCAACAAUUCAAAAACGGUGCUUCUUGAAUUUGGAGGCUCCAAUCGAUCGAGUUUGCGGUUUCGACACACCAUUUCCACAUGUUCACGAACCAUUUUAUAUGCCAACUGUUUCGCGAGUUUUUGAUUCGAUCAAAAAAACUGUUAAUUAUUGA